GAGUGGCUUAUAUACUAACAGAAGAGGCUGGUGUUACUGAUGUCCAUGUCAUUCAAGCUGCCUUGCUACAUGAUACUGUUGAGGAUACAGACACUUCUUUCGAAGAACUGGAGGAACAUUUUGGACCAGAAGUUACAGGUCUAGUAAAGGAGGUUACUGAUAAUAAAUCGUUACCAAGUCCUCUACGUAAACUCGAACAGAUCAAGCAUGCUCCUAAUACGAGUCCGAAAGCAAAGCUCGUGAAACUAGCUGACAAACUGUAUAACCUUCGAGAUCUAAAUCGUGCAACACCUGAAGGCUGGACCGAGGAACGUGUGCACAAAUAUUUCGAAUGGGCGUCAAAGGUGGUGGCAGGCCUUAGGGGAACAAAUGAAAUCAUGGAGAAAGAACUUGACAAAUUAUUUAAGGAAAGGAAUGUUCUAUAAUGGAACAUUAUAUUUGGGCAGCUGCAUUUUACGCUGCUCCUGAUGAAACUAAAAGUGAUUGACCUUUGCCGGCAGGAGGGAGCCUCAGGCUAGUCUGCAGAUUAACGUCACAUGACCUUGCUCGAUACUGUUAGUUUUUUUAUCUGCUCAAAUUCAAAUUUUUUAUUUUGAUAUCCCCAAAAAAUUAAUGGACUGACCCAUAUAAAUGGAAGAUGGAAAAGUCCAUCUACGAAAUUCAACUGAUUAUGGGGUAGGAUUUUGUGUUUUGAUUAAACUUAUUUUCUGUGAUACUAUUUUACGAAAUUGUUGCGAUAUUAUUUCUCAUAUUUUCUCAUGUAUUGCCAGUCACUAAAUUUCCAUAUAAUUAGCCGCAAAAAUAUACUGAUAAUGAUUAUUUUACAUUUUUAAAUGUCAUUGUCAAAUUAUUGGUUAUGUUUGUAACCCUUUUCGGAAAAGAUCCUUAAAUUGGGAAAAAUUAUGUGACAUUUUUUUUUUAAAUUUGAGAAAUUUUUUAAAUGUUAAAAAACUGCCUUUUAGAUAAUUUUUAAAUUGUAUUCAAGUGUACAAUCAUAUUGUCGGUCACUUCGAUCUAUUACAUCAGUCAAAACAGAUCAUUUGUUGUCAGAAAUUAAAAAUGUUGAUUUUUUUAGGCUGCUGUUAGAUUUCUUUCUUCUAAAUUUGGGGGAAAAAAUUCCAAGUUAUUUUGUAUUGACAAUAGAGACCUUACUCUGGCUUCAGGUAGAAAAUGCCAGUAUUUUUUGUUUCCCACCUGAACAAGUAGAAAAUUUAAUUUUUUGCAGAUGUUAUAUAUUUUUAGCUCGACUAUUCGAUAAGAAUAAGUAGAGCUAUUGUAGUCACCCGAGCGUCGGCGUAACCACUUAUGUUAAAGUUUUUGUAAUAGUUCAAAUAUUUCAAAGUCCAUCGACAUAUGGCUUUGAAACUUUGCACACUUGUUCACCAUCAUGACCCCAACCUGUAGACAUGAGGAGAUAACUCUAUCAAGCAUUUUGACAGAAUUAUGCCCCUUUUUGACUUAGAAUUUACGUUAAAGUUUUUGUAAUACCUCAAAUAUUUUCAAAGUCCAUUGACAUAUGGCAUUAAAACUUUGCACACUUGUUCACCAUCAUGACCCUAACCUGUAGACAGGAGGAGGUUACUCUAUCAAGCAUUUUGACAGAAUUAUGCCCCUUUUUCGACUUAGAAUUUACGUUAAAGUUUUUGUAAUAGUUCAAAUAUUUUCAAAGUCCAUUGACAUAUGGCAUUUAAACUUUGCACACUUGUUCACCAUCAUGACCCCAACCUGUAAACAGGAGGAGGUAACUGUAUCAAGCAUUUUUUUUACUUUCAAGCACUAAGAAUAGUCGAGCGUUGCUGUCCUACCGACAGCUCUUGUUUGUUGAUAUUGUAUACAGAGGUCAGUUUACAAAAAUGUUUGUGUGUGCAUUGAUAUUACAUUCCAGUAUUUUGAUAUUCACUGCCUUUACAAAGGCUUUUUGUAUUUUUAUUGUUUUCCUAUUGUUGUAUAGUAAAGAUAUAUUUUUUACACAAAUAAAUCUUGAUGUAUCAAACCUUAAAGGGACAACACUGAGGUUGUUUUGGGGAUUUUUUUUUUGGCAUGACGGUACUGAAAAUAAUUUAUUUUGAGAUUUAUGUUAAAUUUGAUGUAGGUCUAGACCAAUUACUUGUGUGCACAUUUUCAGAUAAUUUGCUUUCUCCCUUUUCCCAGAAUUAUUCUAAAUGUGAAAAGUGGCCAAAAUUUGAAAAGCAUUACUACUUUUUUUCAUUCAGAUCAGGCUAGAAAUAGCACACACACAAAACAUUAAGAUAGGACUUUCAGUCGUUUCUGAGUAUAUAUCUUUAUGAUUUUUUUUUUUUUUUUGCACAUCAAUCUAUUUUAAAGGCCCAUUUUGCCUCGGUGAUGCGUUCAUUUUUUAUUACCCAGGAUCGAACCCGGGACUUUAGCAGUGACAGUCAGUGGUCUAACCAAAUGAGCUUAUAAAAGUGCCACCUAUAUUUGAUAUUCCUUAAAUUUUGAAUGGACUGUUCCGAAUUCAAAGAUGGCCAGGCUAGUCCAUUACAAAAAUUAAGCAUGCUAAAAGGAUGGAAUACUUUUCCAACAUGAAGUGCCGUCCUUUCUGUGAACCGUGUAAAGGUUAAAAGAUAAAAAUCCUAUUCUGUGUACCAGGCUACAUUGCAACUUGGAUCAAUAUCUGUGUUUACAAAGUUAGCAUAAAAAUGAUUAUAUUACUUCGGGUAUGUUUUAGCAUAAAAAUGAUUUCUUCGGAUAUAUUUUAUAAUUGAAUUGAGACAAACCACACUGAUGUGUAACCAUGUCUAAUUAAAAAUUUCUAGGCAGUGGACCUAAUAUCAUGACUGGGAAUUUCUUGAGAUGUUUAUAAUGUAUAUGUAUUUCUGCAAAGGUUGAUUUAUAUCUUGAAAUAUAUACCUACCUCUACAUACCUGUAAUUUUCCUUAAUGGUUGUGAUUUUAAUAAUUGUCAUAAGGACAGACCUGUGGAAAAAAAAACAUCAGAGUUUAUUUUUUGUUAUGACAAUUAUCAGCAACUGACACAAUGUUGCAGGAUACAAAAUAGCUAUUGAUUAUUAAUUUUACAUAAAUGUUUUAUGCUAGAGUUUUUGAAACUCCCUGGCUACUGCAACUGGUGAAAUAUUUAUUUUCAUACCACUCGAUGAAAAUUAAUCCUGUAUUUAAAGAAGAAACUUGAAUAUCUUCUAUGUAUUUCAUUGACAGUUUUGUUUGUUUGUUUGUUUGAUUGUGUUUUACGUAACACCAACACAGUAUUUGUCACAUAGCGACGUUAACAGCUUUUCUGCUCGAGGAAGACCUGAGGUGCCCUUCAUUGACAAUUUUAAUAAAACUGUAUUCCUCACUUAGCAGGAUAAGGGUUAACUAUGGUUGUUGACUUCAAACCAUUGCCCCUCACCACUGUCAAUUCGAGUCAUGCAAGUGACUGGAUUCUUUCAUGUGAGGAAACUAUCCAGCUAGCUUGCAGAAUGUAUGGGCUAUUUGUCUGAAAUAAUGCAUGGAGGGGCACCUGAUGUCUUCUUCCACUCGUAAAGCUUUGAAUUCUCCUUAUUACCUUAACCGUGCUGAUGGGACGCACAAGAAACAAACAAAAAUAAAAACAAUGUUUUAAAAUGGAGUGCUGCCAUCUCAGUGAAACAUUUAUCUACUGGAAUAGGGACUAAAUGAAAUUGCCACCAAUUUAAAGGCCAGGCCAGCAUGUACACCCGUGCAGUCUAACCAGGCUCUAUACUGUUUAUGUCUUACUUUAAAUUUUUAUCAAUGAAUUUUUCAAAGUACAAUGUAAUCAUACAUUGAAGGUUUUGUUUUUAGCUGGGUAACAGUAUUUAAAUGUAGACUACAAAUAUUAUGAACUGAGUUUAGAUACAUUUAUUUUCUUUAUAUGAUCUUUUGUUUUAUCUUAUACAUUUUAUAAUAAAUUAUU